AUGGCGCCUCCAACAUUUGCCGGCCUUUCUGGCAAGAAGUUGUCGCUGGCCAUCUCGACUGUGGCCACGACCGGUUUUCUGCUCUUCGGGUUUGAUCAAGGUGUAAUGUCGGGAAUUAUAGAUGCCGACCCUUUUCACGAUUAUUUCCCUGAAACCAAGAAUGAGACCAUCCAGGGGUUGGUCACUGCCAUCUACGAGAUUGGCUGCUUGAUGGGAGCCAUGUUUAUCCUCUGGAUCGGUGAUCUCCUCGGUCGACGACGCGCUAUGAUCAUGGGCGGUGUCAUCAUGAUCAUUGGUGUCAUCAUUCAGGUUUCUGCCGUCAAGGGUUACGCCCAGCUUGCUCAGUUCAUCGUCGGUCGUGUCGUCACUGGAGUCGGUAACGGUAUCAACACUUCGACUAUCCCUACCUACCAGGCCGAGUGCAGUAAGACCAGCAACCGUGGUCUGCUCAUCUGCAUUGAGGGUGGUGUCAUUGCUUUCGGUACCCUCAUCGCCUACUGGGUCGACUAUGGUGCUUCUUACGGACCUCAGGACCUCACCUGGCGAUUCCCCAUUGCCUUCCAGGUCAUCUUUGGCUUCGUUCUUUGCAUUUCCAUGAUCUGGCUCCCUGAGAGUCCUCGAUGGCUCCUCACCCACGAGAGGUAUGAGGACGCUGAGCGUGUCAUCGCCGCCAUCCGUGGCUUCGAGAUCGACAGCGACGAUACCCGCCAGGAGCGAGACUCUGUCCUCGACUCCAUCCGCGCCUCUGGUUUCGCUGGUCAAAAGACCACUCCCAUCAAGGCUCUCUUCACCGGUGGAAAGACUCAGCACUUCCGACGUAUGCUUCUUGGCUCUGGUUCCCAGUUCAUGCAGCAGGUUGGUGGCUGCAAUGCCGUCAUCUAUUACUUCCCCAUUCUCUGCACCAAGAUCUUUGGAGACAAGAACCUUGCCAUGCUUCUGGGUGGUGUCAACAUGAUCGUCUACAGCAUCUUCGCUACCUCGUCUUGGUUCAUCAUUGAGCGCGUCGGUCGCCGGAAGCUUCUCCUCUACGGAACUGCUGGUCAGAUGUUUUCCAUGAUCCUCACCUUCGCCUGCCUUAUCCCUGGCGGCAAGCACCCCGAGGAUGCUGCUUCGUCCAAGGGUGCUCUUGUUGGUCUCUUCACCUACAUUGCCUCUUUCGGAGCUACCUGGCUACCUCUCCCCUGGCUCUACCCCGCUGAGGUCAACCCCCUCAAGACUCGAGGCAAGGCCAACGCUGUCUCCACUUGCACCAACUGGCUCUUCAACUUCCUCAUUGUCAUGGUUGUUCCCGACAUGAUCAAGAGCCUCAGCUGGGGUACCUACCUCUUCUUCGGCGUCGCCAACGCCUGCUUCUUCCCCAUCCUCUACUUCUUCUACCCCGAGACUGCAAACCGCUCUCUCGAGGAAAUCGACAUUAUCUUCGCCAAGGGUUACGUCGAGAAGAUCUCCUACGUCAAGGCCGCUAAGGAGCUUCCUUUCCUCACUCAGGCCGAGGUCGAGCAGGAGGCUAUCCGCCUCGGACUUGUCCAUUCUGCAAGCCGUGGUGCUAUGCCCGAGAAGCCUGAUGCGGAGGAUGUCCGCAACGACUCUGGCUUCAACUCCGACAACUCCGACAAGUCGUAA